GAUUUUAUAUUGUAGAAUGUAAACAAGGAUAUUUCGGAUCAAACUGUACUUCCAAAUGUCUUUGUGAAAUGGAAAACACCGCAUCGUGCGACACUCUAAAUGGCACUUGUUAUUGUCUAAAUGGUUGGGCAGGACAUAAUUGCACCUUGGACGUAGAUGAAUGUUCCUCGGAAAGCAUGUAUACAUGUCCUGAACAUUCGUUAUGUUUUAAUACUAAUGGAAGUUACGGAUGUACCUGCAACAACGGGUUUCAGAAACUUGGAAAUGGCACUUGCAAAAGGUGUGAUAACUACCAUUUUGGAUAUGGAUGCCUACAAACUUGUGCAUGUUUCGAGAAUGAAACUCAGUUUUCAUGUGGGAAUCUGGAUGGUGUAUGCGGAUGCAAACCGGGAUUCGGACGUGAAAACAUUUCCGAUGCUUGUUCACGUUGCACAAACAACACCUACGGUAUCGACUGCACGGAGAAAUGCAAUUGUAAUCUGACAAACAGCGCAAAUGUUCUCCGGUUAUGCAACGAAGCAAAUGGCACCUGCAUUUGUAAAGUUGGAUGGGAAGGUCCUUCGUGUAAUGAUGAUACGGACGAAUGUAAAGACAAAACGAUAUGUGGAAACAAUGGAACCAUUGGAUGCCAUAAUAUCAAAGGGUCCUUCAUAUGCGAUUGCAUGCGUGGAUACAGACUUGAAAAUGACAGCUGUGUUGAAGAACAAGAAGUAGAUCUAACGCAAUAUACGUCGAAUUUGACAGAAACUGAAAUGGUGAUUGCAUUAAACACGAGUUAUUUAAUUUGUAUUGAUGAGAGCGUAAAUUUGAAUGUUAGGGCAACCUACCAAGAAUACCAACAAGCAGUUAACAAGUCGCUGACAGUGUUCUUCACCAACUACACACAGGCUAUUACCGAUAUUCUGAUCCAUAACAUUCAAUACUCGGAUGAGAAUGACACAGGACUUUUAGUGACUUACUCUUUGAUUUUGAACGCCUCACACGAUGAAAAGGAAGAUGUUCGCAAUGAACUUGUGAGAGCAAUGCUGAAACUUACAUCAGGCGUAAAGCUUGACCUAAUGGGCACACUUGUGUUAGCAAAAACAGGUGUGUAG